AUGUUUUGGGCUGACUGGCAUCAAGGUCCAGUGAUAAUGUGGGCUAACAUGGACGGGUCGCAGCCUGCCGUCUUGGUGGACAGCCUCGUGGGUUACGCCACCGGCCUGGCGAUGGACUCGCCUAACGGACGCCUGUACUACGUCGAUCACACCGUCAAGGUCAUCAAGAUAGACGACAUGCAAUUUUACUCACUUUUCGAUGAGCAAUAUCACCACCCGUACUCGAUCGCGGUAUUCGAGAACACUGUAUACUGGAGCGACUGGACCUCUAACUCUAUUCAGACGACGGACAAACUUCAUAGCACCGCUCGGAAGAGGAAUGUACUAGUAAAGAAAGACACACCAAUUUAUGGUAUGGAGCAUUACAACCCCAUCUUUAUAGUGAUCGGAGGAGGUUCAUAUUUCACACACAUUGAGAUGAACGUGUUAGGCAACCCGGAGGCGCAUGCCAUCCAUUUCGAUAUCGGACGGGUACAAGCAAUGGCAUAUGACAGCAAGAGAGAAUUCAAGACUGGCGUGACAAAUUUGUUCUUAUACCGCGGUCUGGAUGAUGUCGUCGAAAUGGAUUACGAUGAUGCAACGGAUUCCCUUUACAUAUUGGACCAGGGUCGAAAUGCUAUUGACGUAGUGUCAUUGAGGACUCACAAACGGGCUCUGAUACACCGCCUGGAGAGCCACGAGGUGCCUCUCAGCUUUUGUGUUAUGUCAGAAUAUGGGUAAGUGGUAUAAUAAUCUAUAUAAUAUAAAAAUGAAUCGCAAAAUGUGUUGGUAAGCGCAUAACUCAACAACGCCUCGACCAAUUUGGCCAAAUCUUUUUUUAAAAUGUUCGUUGAAGUUCAAGGAUGGUUUUUACGGCGAGAAAAAUAGAAUUAUUGCUGGAAAAACCCUAAAAAUAGCCCUUUUCUUUUUCCCAUACAAAUGAUUUGUAACUAAAACGUAGUCAAUUUGAGCUUUAUUGCUAUGGUAUAAAGUUCAUAUUAAAUUACAAGCACUCACUGUUGUCUAAGCAAUGUAGGCUUUUUGACAGGACGAAGUCUGUCGGGUCAGCUAGUAUUAAAUAAUAUUAGUGACUCGGUGGCGCUUAUCCUCUGAUAAGCGCUGCGGCCCGCGAUCGUUGUUGUUAAGCAACUUUCGCAAGGGUCGGUCACGGGAUGGGUGACCAAAAAAUUAUUAUCUCGAGCUACUUCGUGCUUCGGAAGGCACGCUAAGCCAUUGGUCCCGGCUGUGUUUGUUGUCGUUAAUACCCUCCAAUCCGCAUUUGGCCAGCGUGAAGGGUCAUGGCCCAUCCUCUUUAAUCAUCCAUAAUGAAGGCCUGAGCCCCUGCAGUGGGGACGUAAAAAGGGCAGAUGAUGAUGACUGCACUUUCUAGUAUUUAAAUUAACUGUAUAUAAAAAUAAAAUUUAACCAGUCACUUGCUGGAGUCCUAAAACUCAAUCUAGGAAUCUCCCAAAUCCCUUCGAGACUUUGCGUACUUGUUUAAGUGAUUUGAUUAGAUAGUUUUAAGGUCGGUGCAAAUGAUGGAAAAUCCGUCAAGUGUUUUACGGAAAUACGAUUUUUCGCGACCGACAAUUACCCGUGCAUCAGAAAUGUACUGACCAUAUUUCACAUAGCUUAAUAUCUUUGGUACUUGCUCAACGAGUUUCUUCCGUGCUUGUUAUAAACAUACAAUAUCUAUAG